CGCCUCGGCUCUGGGCAGGAUGGCAGGGACAGACAAGAAGUUUGACGAUCUCUUGGCCUCCUUGAAAACCAGAAGAUGGAACCUGUACAUUCUGGUCAUGAUUAGCCUGCUGUACACGCAGCUGCCCAUGUUCAUAUUCUCGCCCACCUUUGCCGUGCCCAACAUUCCGCACACCUGCAUUGCCGCCACACCUGAAGACAAUCCCACCGACACCAUACCUGUCUCACCUGCCGCUGCUGGUCUGGCUAACGCGACCCUGGGCUUGGUUGAUGCUGCUGCUGCUGCUGAUGAUGAUGAUGAGUCGUGCUCCCUACCAGGUGCGCCAGGUGGCUCGUCCAGGCCGUGCACCAGCUGGGCCUUCAACAACACUGUGUACGGCCGCACUCUGACCUCUGAGUUCCAGCUGGUGUGUGACAGAAGGUUCCUGCGAGGGCUGUUCAGCAGUGCCUACUUCUUCGGCAGCAUCUCUGGGUCGUCACUGAGCGGUUGGCUGUCAGACAGGUUUGGCCGCAAGAAGACAUUGUUUGUGGGGAGUGUGUGCUUCCAGACCGCCACCAUCAUUCUGCCGUGGAUUCCCAGCCUGACGCCUAUCUUUGUUCUUCGCUUCAUUAUGGGCUUCUUGCACCCGUGUAUCGUCCACUCUGGCUUCACGUUAGUAAUGGAGAUCUUUGAGGAGCGGUGGCGGUCAACAGCCGGCAUUCUCAUCUUCUUGCCGUGGUGCUUUGGCAUGGCAGUGAUGGCUGGAGUCAGCGCCCUGGUACGGGACUGGCGCUGGCAAAACUUCUACCUCGCCCUGCCCUGCCUUCUUCUGCUGCCACUGCUGUGGCUGAUUGAUGAAUCUCCUCGGUGGCUCAUCGUGCGGGGGCGCCACACGGAGGCCCUCAAGGUGCUGCAGAGGGUCGCCCGCUGGAACAAAACCACCCUACCGCCCGCCAAGGACCUACAGAACCUUAUGGAGGAGAUCUUUCGGGAGUCCGCAGACAGCGGGCGGCAAAAGCGGAAGGGCAGAUGGCAGAAGGUGUCGCAGUUCUUGGAGUCCUUCUUGGUUUUGGUCAGGACAAAAAGGAUGCGAAGGAUAACCCUGAUGCUGUUCUUCUGUUACUUCGCCACAUCCAUGGGGUACUCCGGACUCUCGUUGGGCGGGGACCUCUUCAGCUCAGAUCCCUUCAUAUACAUGGCAGUCAGCGGUCUGGUGGAGAUCCCUGGGUCCACCUUCACCAUUCCUCUUGUGGAGCGGUUCGGAAGAAGGCUCUCCAACAUCGUGUUUUACUUCCUGACUGGGGCGUGUCUUCUUGCCCUUCCCUUCAUCCCGGAGCUCAGGUGGUUGGUGAUGACGCUGGCUCUUCUGGGUAAGAUGACACUCAAUGCAGCUUACCAGAUUCUCUUUCUGUACACUGGAGAACUAUUCCCAACGGAGGUGAGGACGUGGGGCAUGGGGAACGCCUCAAUGAUGGCUCGCAUAGGAUCUGUGUUAGCGUCCUUCCUCGUCAGCGUAUUAGCAUUGAUUUGA